UCCUUGAACAACUUUCUUUAUCGACAACUUGUCAUAAAUUUAACAUUAAAUAUUCAGCUCGGUUUUUAGUAAAUUUGGUGAAAAGGUAGUUAAAAUGGGUACGUAUUCAGCAUUUCGUACAAAUGGAUAUCCUACAAUUUAUGGAGAAAAUAAACAACCAGUGACUGUGGAUGUUCUAAUUGCUGGAUUAAUAUUUUCUUUUGUAAUAAUCCUCGUUUCGUUUUUACUAAUUGUUCCGGGUGUACGUGGCAAAGAGAAAGUACCUUUCUUCUGUCGUUUUGCGAUAAGUCUCCUGAUUGGUGCGGUUAUUUUAAUAUGUAAUUUUGGACAAGAUUGGGAAGUGGGUAAAGUAGAAACUUCGACUCAAUAUAAAGCCUUUACUAAGAAAGAAGUAGAAGCAGAAGUCGAAUUAAAAAUUGGAUUGAGAAGUAUUAAUGUCACGUUAGUUGGUAAGCCUAUUCAUCAAUUGGGAGAAAGGAUACAAUACAAUGAAAGAUUUUCGUGGGAGUGGGCUCAGGGAAGGAAUGGUUUUGGUCCACAAGCUGGUCGAAUUAAUAGAGAAUUUAGAGCAGCGCAGUGGAAAGGUCUACCAUAUCCAAUUUUAUGGAUAGCCGAAUAUUUUACAAUAGAUGGAGAAGGGAUAAGAUUCGGACGACAUUACAGAACUGCUGGAUGGUACAGCCACAUAAUGAUGUGGACAGCUUUUCCGUUGUGGAUAUUGAGCAACAUACUUUUCUUCAUGGUUAUCAGAUACGGUGCUUAUUUUCUGACAUUAACGGGUUGCAGUCUGAUUCUGGCUAACAUCCUUUUUGCGAGCAUUCGUAAUUUUAUCAGAUUAGAAAUACCCAUAGGAGAAGAAAAAUUAGUUUUGCAUUACGGAUGGAGUUUCUGGCUCACGCUCUUUACAGGUUUACUGUGUAUCGUUCUUGGAAUAGCCAUUUUGAUAUUAGAUCUUAGAAAUCCAGACAUCAUUUCAGCCUUCUUUGGAAUUGAUAUUUUACAAGAUUAUGAAGAUUUUUAUAUUGCCGUUGAAGAUUUAGGAAUUAAGAGAACCGAACUGAAACCAGAAAGUGAAGAAACUCCAAACGAGGAAAUGUACAAUAUGAGAAAACGUAGCAUUUCUAUAAAAUUUCAACAAAGACCAUUCCAAAGACCUUUGCCAGCUCCACGUCAUCUGAUUGUCGAAGAGGAACAACAACCUGUUUAUGAAAAUCUGGCGGCUGGAACAUUUAAUACCAUCGAAGAAGAGACGGAAGAACACGAAACUGUUCCACUUCGAUAAUUUCUAAUUUAGUUUACAAUCAUUAUAAUUGUAUAUUUAUUACGUAAGGAUUGUUUCAAGAUUUCACAAAGCAUUUUCAAUUAAAUUUUGAAACUAAAAGACUGGA